AUGUUGUCGUCCACAGCCUUGACUCUGAGCGCUCUGCUGACCUGCUGCUCGCUGAUCCAGUGUACAGUGUUCGUCGACCGACCGGCAGCCGGGCAGCUGCUGCGCUCCUCCACCAGGAGGCGCCGCGCCAACUCCUUCAACCUGGAGGAGCUCCUGCCAGGAGACCUGGAGAGGGAGUGCUAUGAGGAGCGCUGCUCAAAGGAGGAAGCUUCUGAGAUCUUCCAGACCCACGAGACCACGAUGGAGUUCUGGUUCAGAUACACAAAUCUGAACCCCUGUCGCACAAACCCAUGUCUGAACGGGGGAAUCUGCACUCUGGACCGAGAGGAUUUCUUGUGUCUAUGUCCUCCUAACUACAAGGGAAAAAUCUGCAACACAGUGGUGUCAGAGUGUCGUUAUAAAAACGGCGGCUGCCAACAGUACUGCAGAGACCAGGCAGGCGGCGCUGAAGUUCAAUGUGGCUGCGCUGAUGGAUUUGAACUGGAGGCAGACGGGAAGAGCUGCACACCAUCAGGUAUGACACACACCUGACCCAAAACACACCUGACUCGUUAAACACCUGGUCCCAGACUCGCCUGACUUGAGACAUACCUGGCCAAGACACAACUGACCCAAAACACUGAACACAACACCACAGACCAAGGAGUUCUUGAACACAACACCAUAGAGUCAUCUGAGGAGUACAGGACACUGAACGCAACAACAUGCUGGACAGGUGGUAAUGAGACAGAGCAGAGGGAGCGGAAGGGGGCGGAGCUAUCUCCUCGUAUCGUGGGAGGGAACCUGGAGAGGCUAGGAGGGAGUCCCUGGCAGGUUCUGAUCCACAGGGCUGGUGGUUUUGGUUUCUGUGGAGGGACUCUGGUGUCGGAUCGAUGGGUUGUUUCUGCAGCUCACUGCUUCGAAGAGUCUGCAGACUACGUCACUAUAGGUGACUAUGAUAAGAAACGUCCAGAUCCUGGAGAACAGGUUAUAAAGAUCCAGGAGGUCUUUGUCCACCCUCAUUUCCACUCCUACACCUAUGAUAGUGAUAUUGCUCUCAUCUAUCUGGCCCAGUCAGUCCUCAGGGGCCCUACAGUGGCCCCCGUCUGCCUGCCGGACGCCCACCUGUCUGGUUACCUGCUGAGGGAUGAGAGCCGAGGCGUGGUGACGGGCUGGGGGGCCACUCAGUAUCUGGGGAGCUCCUCCCGCUUCCUGAGGAAGGUGACACUGCCGGUGGUGAGCCACCAGGCCUGCACGGCCUCCACCGAACAGGUGAUCACAGACAAUAUGUUCUGUGCCGGUUACCUGGACACUAACAUGGACGCCUGCGGCGGCGACAGCGGUGGCCCAUUUGUCGUUCACUACAGAGGAACCUGGUUCCUGACCGGAAUCGUCAGCUGGGGGGAGCAAUGUGCCGCCAAGGGGAAGUAUGGGGUUUAUACCCGACUGGGAAACUUCCUAAACUGGAUCAGAGACACCAUGCAAAGACUGGACCUGAAUGGAACCCUGAGCCUCUGAGGACAAAGGUGUC